CGCCUAUCUAAACUCCAGAAAAAAACUCGCCCAUCCCAGCUUAAGUCACAUACAGCUGGCGCGCCACGAUGCCGGCGACUCAACGAAGAUAAUCUGACGGCGAAGAGGACGAUCCGACUGAGACGAAGAAGAUCGGUGAAGCUCUUUGAUUAACAAAUUGCACCCAUUCUCCAGAAAUGGCCGGGCAAAACCAACGCUUAAAUGUGGUUCCUACUGUCACAAUGCUUGGCGUCAUGAAAGCUCGCCUUGUUGGUGCUACAAGAGGUCAUGCGUUACUCAAGAAGAAAAGUGAUGCUCUCACCGUGAAGUUCAGGCAAAUCCUCAAGAAAAUCGUUUCAACAAAAGAGUCAAUGGGCGAGAUCAUGAAGAGCUCUUCCUUUGCUCUGACAGAGGCCAAGUACUCAGCUGGCGACAACAUCAAGCACACUGUUCUGGAAAACGUUCAGAGUGCCACGCUCAAAGUCCGGUCGCGCCAAGAAAACAUUGCCGGUGUCAAGCUCCCAAAGUUUGAGUAUUUCUCUGAAGGAGAGACGAAGAACGACUUGACAGGAUUAGCCAGAGGUGGGCAACAGGUACAGGCAUGCCGUGUUGCCUAUGUGAAAGCAAUCGAGUUGCUAGUUGAGCUUGCAUCCCUCCAAACAUCAUUUCUCACCCUUGACGAGGCGAUCAAGACCACGAAUCGAAGGGUCAAUGCCCUUGAGAAUGUGGUGAAGCCAAGGCUGGAGAACACCAUCAACUACAUCAAGGGGGAACUGGACGAGCUGGAACGAGAGGACUUCUUUAGGCUGAAGAAGAUACAAGGCUACAAGAAGAAAGCAAUUGAGAAGCAGAUGGCUUCUGCCAGGGAAUUUGCCAAGGAGAAGGCCACGCAGGAAAUGUCUUUGGCAACAGGUAUUUCGCACCAAGACGAAGAAGACAUCAUUUUCUAAGAUGGGUUUGGGUUAUUUUCCUGGUUUCCUUCGAAUUAAACUCUGUUUAUGUUAGACAUUUUCUGGUAUUUAAUAAGAAUGGAUAGUGUACAAUGGUUUGUGAAUAAAAACCAUAGCUCUCUGCCUGUUUGUAUUCCUUUGAACCUUGUAUACUCCCUACAUCGUUGAAUAAUAUUCAUGGUUUGACUUCACGAAGUAUGUGGGCGAAUGUAAGCAAUGCAUUUUAUUCUGCAAUUUGAGUUAAAUUGAUGUUUUAUAGUUUUCAAAAGUGAUGUUAUAGUAGUUUUGAGGG